AUGGCUGACCUCAGUCUUUCUGUAACUCAACUGCAGGCUCUUCACUCCCUUCUUCUUCUUCAUGGCUCCAACCUUCCUGAUGACCUGAAGUCUCUGCCUGCCUCCCUUCAAGCUCAAUUAGCCCUCAAUUCCUCUGCUCCUUCUUUUCCUACACCUUCUCUUUCCCCAGAGAAACUACCUAGGACUGGCAGUAUUUCUCUAGCUAGAGCUAGACUUAGGCCUCCUUGGCUCUUUUCACAGCCUAGGGCCACCUGUGAGGUAGGAACUCAGGUGGAAGACCCAGCCUUGGCUCUAGAGAGCUUUUCAAGACCUUCUUCCCCAGCUUCCAGUGCUGGCUAUGGAGCUGGCUCUGAGGUGGAAGAAGACCUUGGUGGCGACUUCGCUCCCAAUCGCGCUCCCGGCUCUGCUCCCAAUUGCACUCCCGACUCUGCUCCCAAUCGCGCUCACAGCUUCACUCCCAAUCGCGCUCCCGACUUCGCUCCCAAUCGCACUCACGGCUUCACUCCGAAUCGCGCUCACAACUCUGCUCCCAAUCGCGCUCGCGACCCAAUCCACGACUCUGCUCAGGCCUCCAAUCCUGACUCCAUCUACGACGACGCUCACGGAACCCCUAGUCGCGACCCAGGUUGCGGCUCUAUCCAUGAGGCAGCUCAUCGCUCAGCUCAAGACCCCGGUCGCAACUCUGCUCACAGCUCCUCUCAGGAAGCUGCUUGCGAGGCUGCUCACGACUGCAGUGGUCGCGUCUCCACUCCCAGCCGCAGCCAUAACUCCGAUUGCGAAUCUUCCUAUGAGCUCGCUCACCAUCCCGGCAACUCCAGCCAGGCCUCUGUUUACAGCUCCACUCAUGCCCGGUACCUCUGCAACUCCCAAGACACUGCUCAGGACCUGACUCUCAAAAUCAACGAGGCAUUCCCUGAUGACCAGGGUGAAGCGGAGGAGGGUCCGCUCCUGGCCAAUACAAUCUACCCCGCCCCAAGUGAAGCUGACGAUGAGUCGCUCCUGGACCAAGACACACUCCUGGCCAACACGCACCAGCAGAACGCUGAUGAUUCCAACCCGCUUCUUGAUGAGCUCCUUAACGACAACAACCACUACCAGGAGAAAAUGAUCCUCUGCUCAGACUUAGAUGCUGCUAUCUUAUCUCUGUUGGAGGAAGAAUGUAGCAGGCCCUUAGUCAACUCCCCCACACAUCAGACAGGCUCUUGUACUUCUCAUUUUGCUACUUCAAAUGAAGAUCCUGGCUCUCGCAAACGUCAGCGUUUGCGAGAUUCUCUUGGCGAAGAAGUCCCGACCAGAUUGCAAUCGUAA